GUAAACGGUGUUGGAUGUGGGUUUUGAGUCUCCCUGCAACGUACAAUACUACACUUGUCAACCAGAACAGUAAGGAGAAGCAAGGAAUGGCAAUAACAAAGAAUGGGCUGAGUGUCCUUGUUCUCCUGGUGACAUGCUCUGUUUUGGAAACACGGGAAUUCAUUGAGAUUUCCAGCCUUUUUUCACAGGCAUUCAACACAGAGUACAACCCACAUCUGUCACAUGUUAGGGGGAAAAGAGCAGUAUUAUCCCCUCGAUGGAACUACAUAAUUGAUGUUGAAGUGAACGUGUCAGACAUCAAAACAAUAGAGCAAAUGAAGUCAGCUGUGAAUUCAACAAGUCUUCCCCUCACUAUCAACAACUCCACUGAAAUCUCUGACGUGCACAUCACUACUGUGUGCUUCCCAAAUGGUACUGGAUUCCAGUGCAGAUGUGAGGACCAGUAUCGUUGGUCAUAUAACAACUGUGUCACAUAUGGAUCCUGUGAUGACAUCACUGGUGACACAUGUGGAUGUAUCAAUGCCAAUCCAGCUGAUGGACAGUACUGCCAGCCAUACACAAAACCUGUAACUCUUCUGGAGUACUUUGUGGAAGUUGAGGUCAAUGUCAAUGACUUAAAAGCCAUAGACGAACCGAAGAACCUUCUGAAAAACCUCAGUUUACCAUUUGCACUUAGUAGCAUGAUCAACAUCACUGAUCUCAACAUUACUACAGUGUGCUACACAAAUGGUACUGGAUUCCAGUGCAGAUGUGAGGACCAGUAUCGUUGGUCAUGUGACCAGUGUGUCUCUUAUGGGAAUUGUGAUGACAUCACAUCUGAAACGUGUGGAUGUAUCAAUGCCAUUCCUCCAGAUGGACAGUACUGCCAGUCGGUUCACCACCAAAACUUUACAGCAUGUCCAACAACAACAGCCUCUCCUACAACAGUUCCAACAGUACCACCAACUCUCUAUGAGUACAUGAUUGAAAUUGAACUGAACACCACAGACGUUACAGUGAUAGAUCAACUGAGAGCCAUUCUGAGAAAUGCUAUUUACCCUGUCAGAAUCAACAAUCUGAUACAAAUCACUGGUGUUAACAUGUCUACAGUUUGCUUCCCAAAUGGUACUGGAUUCCAGUGCAGAUGUGAGGACCAGUAUCGUUGGUCAUGUGACCAGUGUGUCUCUUAUGGGAAUUGUGAUGACAUCACAUCUGAAACGUGUGGAUGUAUCAAUGCCAUUCCUCCAGAUGGACAGUACUGCCAGUCGGUUUACCACCAAAACUUUACAGCAUGUCCAACAACAACAGCCUCUCCUACAACAGUUCCAACAGUACCACCGACUCUCUAUGAGUACAUGAUUGAAAUUGAACUGAACACCACAGACGUUACAGUGAUAGAUCAACUGAGAGCCAUUCUGAGAAAUGCUAUUUACCCUGUCAGAAUCAACAAUCUGACACAAAUCACUGGUGUUAACAUGUCUACAGUUUGCUUCCCAAAUGGUACUGGAUUCCAGUGCAGAUGUGAGGACCAGUAUCGUUGGUCAUGUGACCAGUGUGUCUCUUAUGGGAAUUGUGAUGACAUCACAUCUGAAACGUGUGGAUGUAUCAAUGCCAUUCCUCCAGAUGGACAGUACUGCCAGUCGGUUCACCACCAAAACUUUACAGCAUGUCCAACAACAACAGCCUCUCCUACAACAACAACAAUCUCUCCUACAACAGUUCCAACAGUACCACCAACUCUCUAUGAGUACAUGAUUGAAAUUGAACUGAACACCACAGACGUUACAGUGAUAGAUCAACUGAGAGCCAUUCUGAGAAAUGCUAUUUACCCUGUCAGAAUCAACAAUCUGAUACAAAUCACUGGUGUUAACAUGUCUACAGUUUGCUUCCCAAAUGGUACUGGAUUCCAGUGCAGAUGUGAGGACCAGUAUCGUUGGUCAUGUGACCAGUGUGUCUCUUAUGGGAAUUGUGAUGACAUCACAUCUGAAACGUGUGGAUGUAUCAAUGCCAUUCCUCCAGAUGGACAGUACUGCCAGUCGGUUCACCACCAAAACUUUACAGCAUGUCCAACAACAACAGCCUCUCCUACAACAACAACAAUCUCUCCUACAACAGUUCCAACAGUACCACCGACUCUCUAUGAGUACAUGAUUGAAAUUGAACUGAACACCACAGACGUUACAGUGAUAGAUCAACUGAGAGCCAUUCUGAGAAAUGCUAUUUACCCUGUCAGAAUCAACAAUCUGACACAAAUCACUGGUGUUAACAUGUCUACAGUUUGCUUCCCAAAUGGUACUGGAUUCCAGUGCAGAUGUGAGGACCAGUAUCGUUGGUCAUGUGACCAGUGUGUCUCUUAUGGGAAUUGUGAUGACAUCACAUCUGAAACGUGUGGAUGUAUCAAUGCCAUUCCUCCAGAUGGACAGUACUGCCAGUCGGUUCACCACCAAAACUUUACAGCAUGUCCAACAACAACAGCCUCUCCUACAACAGUACCACCGACUCUCUAUGAGUACAUGAUUGAAAUUGAACUGAACACCACAGACGUUACAGUGAUAGAUCAACUGAGAGCCAUUCUGAGAAAUGCUAUUUACCCUGUCAGAAUCAACAAUCUGACACAAAUCACUGGUGUUAACAUGUCUACAGUUUGCUUCCCAAAUGGUACUGGAUUCCAGUGCAGAUGUGAGGACCAGUAUCGUUGGUCAUGUGACCAGUGUGUCUCUUAUGGGAAUUGUGAUGACAUCACAUCUGAAACGUGUGGAUGUAUCAAUGCCAUUCCUCCAGAUGGACAGUACUGCCUGUCGGUUCACCACCAAAACUUUACAGCAUGUCCAACAACAACAGCCUCUCCUACAACAACAACAAUCUCUCCUACAACAGUUCCAACAGUACCACCAACUCUCUAUGAGUACAUGAUUGAAAUUGAACUGAACACCACAGACGUUACAGUGAUAGAUCAACUGAGAGCCAUUCUGAGAAAUGCUAUUUACCCUGUCAGAAUCAACAAUCUGACACAAAUCACUGGUGUUAACAUGUCUACAGUUUGCUUCCCAAAUGGUACUGGAUUCCAGUGCAGAUGUGAGGACCAGUAUCGUUGGUCAUGUGACCAGUGUGUCUCUUAUGGGAAUUGUGAUGACAUCACAUCUGAAACGUGUGGAUGUAUCAAUGCCAUUCCUCCAGAUGGACAGUACUGCCAGUCGGUUCACCACCAAAACUUUACAGCAUGUCCAACAACAACAGCCCCUCCAACAACAGACUCUACAACACCUGGGGCCAGCACUCCAGAACAAAUUACUACAGUUGAUAACACAACACAACUGAUCACAGUUACCAACUCUACAACACCUGAGGCCAGCACUACAGAACAAAUAACUACGGUUGAUAACACAACACAAUUGAUCACAGUUACCAACUCUACAACACCUGAGGCCAGCACUACAGAACAAAUAACUACGGUUGAUAACACAACACAAUUGAUCACAGUUACCAACUCUACAACACCUGAGGCCAGCACUACAGAACAAAUAACUACGGUUGAUAACACAACACAAUUGAUCACAGUUACCAACUCUACAACACCUGAGGCCAGCACUACAGAACAAAUAACUACAGUUGAUAACACAACACAAUUGAUCACAGUUACCAACUCUACAACACCUGAGGCCAGCACUACAGAACAAGUAACUACAGUUGAUAACACAACACAAUUGAUCACAGUUACCAACUCUACAACACCUGAGGCCAGCACUACAGAACAAAUAACUACAGUUGAUAACACAACACAAUUGAUCACAGUUACCAACUCUACAACACCUGAGGCCAGCACUACAGAACAAGUAACUACAGUUGAUAACACAACACAAUUGAUCACAGUUACCAACUCUACAACACCUGAGGCCAGCACUACAGAACAAGUAACUACGGUUGAUAACACAACACAAUUGAUCACAGUUACCAACUCUACAACACCUGGGGCAAGCACUACAGAACAAAUAACUACGGUUGAUAACACAACACAAUUGAUCACAGUUACCAACUCUACAACACCUGAGGCCAGCACUACAGAACAAGUAACUACAGUUGAUAACACAACACAAUUGAUCACAGUUACCAACUCUACAACACCUGAGGCCAGCACUACAGAACAAAUAACUACAGUUGAUAACACAACACAAUUGAUCACAGUUACCAACUCUACAACACCUGGGGCCAGCACUACAGAACAAAUAACUACAGUUGAUAACACAACACAAUUGAUCACAGUUACCAACUCUACAACACCUGGGGCCAGCACUACAGAACAAAUAACUACAGUUGAUAACACAACACAAUUGAUCACAGUUACCAACUCUACAACACCUGGGGCCAGCACUACAGAACAAAUAACUACAGUUGAUAACACAACACAACUGAUCACAGUUACCAACUCUACAACACCUGAGGCCAGCACUACAGAACAAAUAACUACAGUUGAUAACACAACACAACUGAUCACAGUUACCAACUCUACAACACUUGAGGCCAGCACUACAGAACAAAGUACUACAGCUGAUCCCACAACACAACUGAACACAGUUACCAACUCUACAACACCUGAGGCCAGCACUACAGAACAAAUAACUACAGUUGAUAACACAACACAACUGAUCACAGUUACCAACUCUACUACACCUGAGGCCAGCACUAGAGAACAAAUAACUACAGUUGAUAACACAACACAAUUGAACACAGUUACCAACUCUACAACACCUGAGGCCAGCACUAGAGAACAAAUAACUACAGUUGAUAACACAAUACAACUGACCACAGUUACCAACUCUACGACACCUGAGGCCAGCACUACAGAACAAAUGACCAAAGUUACCAACUCAACAACAACUCCACCCACAACAGGACAAAGUACUACAGCUGACCCCACAACACAACUGACCACAGUUACCAACUUUACUACACCUGCAGCUACAACAAAUCAGACAACUGCAGUUGACCCCACAACACAACCGACCACAGACACUAGAACUACAGUAACUACUGAACCACCACCAGCAACUACAAAAACGACACCACCAACAACAAUACCACCAACAACAACAAUACCACCACCAACACCAACAACAACAGGACCACCACCACCACCAACAACAACACCACCAGCUACAAAACCAGCUGAUAUUCUGCUGCUGGCGAUGUCCUUCAAAAUGAAUGAAGAUUUCACCAACGAUCUAAAUGAUAAAAAUAGUGUCAAAUACAAAAAGUACAAAGACGAUAUUGAACCAGUUAUCCAGGAACAGUAUAGGAACAACAUGCCAGGGUUUAUUUCAGCAGCAUUGACAAGUUUCCGCCGUGGAAGUGUUAUAGCCAACUUUGAUGUUAGGACCACAGCUGCAGACCCCACUGCAAUUAACAAAGCUAAUGCUGGACUUGCAACAUCACUUCCAGCUGUUUAUCAAGUUGAUAUUAGCUCUUUCAAUAUUAUUUAUAACAGUAGCACAGUAUUAAGUUAUAAACCAACUACCAUUUACACUAAUGGCAUCAUGACUCUGGAGUGUGGACCACCUCCUGAUACUGUAAAGAUGGGUACUGUUAAAAGUGUUGAGUGGAAACGAAAGGGAAGAGUUUUAACAUCGACUGGAAGGUUCAACAUCAAUACAGAUGAUUUUGCAUCAAAAAAGACAACACUUGGUAUCAAAAAUGUAAUUGCUGAUGAUAAAGGGGAAUAUGAAUGCACUCUGAAGAGUGACGAAAUCUAUUUCUACCAAAUGGGUCAAAUUGACAUCAAAGAUGCUCCCAUUAUUCAAACGAAGACAGAAAUCAAUACCCAAUGUUUGGCGGGGGGAAGUCAGCCAUUGGAGUGUUGUGUGCAGACUCCCUAUAAACUAAUGUGGAAAGAAGGAAAUGUAGAAUUGCCCACAAAUGAGACUCCUGACAAUUGCAUUAAAUAUAACUAUCAAAUUCAAAACUGUGAUGUAUCAUCCAAAGUUGUCACAUUAACAUGCCAAGUGAAAGACCCAACAGGAUAUGAAAAGACUACAAAAUUGACUAUUUUCGUAGGAGCUAUAACUUGCAAAGAUCCGGAAUAUGGUAAUGGCCAAGAGAAAGACACAUCAGUGGCACCAUGUAAGAAAGGUGAGGAUGGAAUAAAAACAGCGAUUUGUCAAAGUGGACGUUGGACACUUCAGACUGACACCUGUGUCUUGACUGCAAUCAAUGAGCUACUGACCUCAUCUCAGGACUUGAAAGAGGCAACAGUUGAAGAAUUUUUAACAAAACUUAAUAAUACCGCUGUUGAUCUAAAAGAGAAAAUCGUUAGUUCAAGUGCAACUAUUUCAACCAUUGUUGAUAUUCUGAGAAUUGUUGCAAGCGUUUCAAAGAAUAUCAGCCAGUCUGAGAUAAAGAACAUUCUAGAAACAGUGAAUGUCCUAGUUUCUGAUGAAGCAAAAGAAUCCUGGGACUUUCUCAAUGCCGACCAAAAUAAGAACACCAGCUCUAGUUUACUGGGCUCCAUGGAAUUUUUUGCAGGUUCUCUCCCAACGACGGCCUUUAAUGUGACAACAAAGCUAAUUCAGUUAAACCAAGACACAUUUAACAACUCAUUCAGCACAAACUUAAGUUCAAGUGUGUUAAUAGAGAUCCCAGAGACUAAUUCCAAUCACCUCACCAUCACCACUCUAACGUUCCGCUCCCUCAGAAAUGUGUUACCUGCCAGGAACGGCAGCAACCAAAGUGCCAAUGACAACACCAUCAAUGGACUUGUAGUGAUGGUGAAGUUGAAUGGAACGACUAAAAAUGUCUCAUUGAGCUUCGACAAGGUGAACAAGUCGCUCACACUCAAUCCUCAGUGUGUUUUCUGGAACUUCAACCUUUUUAAUAGCCUUGGAGGAUGGGAUGACACAGGAUGUAAACUGAAGUCUAAUGAGAAGGGCAAGGUCAUCUGUCACUGUAACCAUCUGACCUCCUUCUCCAUUUUGAUGUCAACUUCCAUUCCGAAAGAGAUUCAAGAUGCUUUGGAUAUAAUCACUUAUGUUGGAGUUGGCAUAUCGAUGGGUAGCUUAGUCAUUUGUCUCAUCAUUGAGGCUUGUGUAUGGAAGGCCAUGACCAGAAACAACACCUCUUACAUGCGCCAUGUCUCCAUUGUGAACAUCGCUGUGUCACUCCUGAUUGCCGACAUUUGGUUCAUUAUUGGUGCAUCAAUAUCAAAAAAUACCCUUGAAAACCCAGGCGAAGACACCACAACACCUAUACCGGCAUGUACUGCAGCUACGUUUUUCAUUCACUUUUUCUACCUUGCUCUGUUCUUUUGGAUGCUGAUCUCAGGCCUUCUCCUUUUCUACCGGACCAUCUUGGUUUUCUCCCAUAUGUCAAAAUCAACUAUGCUGGCCAUUGGCUUCUCAGUAGGCUAUGGGGCACCUCUUAUCAUUGCUGUUGUUACUGUGGCAGCAACAGCUCCUAGUGGUGGAUACAUCAAGAAAAACCAGGCAUGUUGGCUCAACUGGGACCAGACAAAUGCUCUCCUUGCUUUUGUGAUCCCUGCCCUGACCAUAGUGGUCAUCAACUUUUUGAUCCUGAUUGUGGUUCUGUACAAAAUGCUGAGGAGAGGGGUGGGGGAUGCUACCCAGCCAGAUGAGAGAAAUGCUGUUGUGGUCAUUGCCAGGUGUCUGGCAAUUCUGACUCCAUUCUUUGGCCUUACCUGGGGACUGGGAGUAGGAACCAUGGUUGAUCCAACAAAUAAGGGAAUCCAUGUUGUAUUUGCCCUCUUCAAUUCACUACAGGGUUUCUUUGUUUUGGUGUUUGGAACACUUUUAGACGGCAAGAUCCGGUCAGCUAUAGUAGGAACGUUCUCUUCCAUCCUCCCAGGCUCUGACCGUACGAGGAGUACCAGUGGUGGCGCGGCAACAUCAUCAACCAGUGCAUUAAACUUCAUCCGAAGAAGGAUAAGGAGGAAUGUCUACAAUGUUUCGGAAGUUGCAAAUUCUUCCAACAGCGCUGGUGCUACAGAGUCUUUCAUCAACACCUAAAAGUACCCAAUGGUCAUACUUGAGUUAAAGUAUAGAUAUCUUAAUAUGAAGUUACUCAAGUAAAAGUCACUCAGUGAAAAACUAUUUGAGUAAAUUGAUUUGUUUUUAAAUAUAUCAAAAGUAAAUGUAAUUGAUAAAAAAAUACUUACGUAAGUAUCAAAAUUAAAAGUAUAAAUAAUAAAAAAAUAUUUAUUUUAAGCAAAGCAGAUGGCACCAUUUUAUUGUUUUUAAAAUGUAUGUUUAGCCAAGAAUUAUAGCCUUUGACCUGGACCUGCCAUAAAACAUGGCUUGGUCCAACACACAAUGAAUCUAUUGAUGUGAAGAUUUGUGGACUUUUCUGGAAUAAUGUUGUGAGUUCUACAGUGCCUUGCAAAAUGAUUCAUCCUCAUUGGCGUUUUUCCUAUUUUGUUGCAUUAAAACCUGUCAUUUAAAUAGAUUUUUAUUUGGAUUUCAUGCAAUGGACAUACACAAAAUAAUCAAAAUUGGUGAAAUGACAUUUCAAAAAUAACUUGUUUAAAAAAUUCAAAAAAUUCUAACACGGAAAAGUGGUGCAUGCAUAUGUAUUCACCCCCUUUGCUGUGAAGUCCCCAAAUAAGAUCUUGUGCAAUCAAUUACCUUCAUAAGUCACAUAAUUUGUUAAAUUAAGUCCACCUGUGUGCAACCUAAGAGUCACAUGAUCUGUCACAUGACCUCAGUAUAUAUACACCUGUUCUGAAUGGUCCCAGAGUCUGCAACACCACUAAGCAAGGGGCACCACCAAGCAAGCGGCACCAUGAAGACCAAGGAGCUCUCCCAACAGGUCAGGGACAAAGUUGUGGAGAAGUACAAAUCAUGGUUGGGUUAUACAAAAUAUCAGAACCUUUGAACAUCCCACAGAGCACCAUUAAAUCCAUUAUUAAAAAAUUGAAAGAAUAUGGCACCAUGACAAACUUAUCUAGAAGAAAAAGAAACGCACACCUAUUUAGGCAAGGUGCUGGUUAGCGGAGUAGAAAACUUAAAAAUAAAAGAGAGCCGCACACUCUAGGAGCUCAGAUACAAAAUUGAAUUACCAACGUUUCGACAGCCAAGCUGUCUUCAUCAGGGUAUAAUCACAAACACUGCGGGAUGACUCGUUUAUAUAGUGUCAAAAGAACAGGUGUCUGUAAUAAUGGCCAAUAGUGGCCUAAUAUAAUUGGUUAAAUAUCAAAUAUUAAAAUGGCAUACAAAGAACAGCAUACAAACCUGCCAAGAGAGGGCCUCCCAUCAAAACUCACAGACCAGGCAAGGAGGGCAUUAAUCAGAGAGGCAACAAAGAGACCAAAGAUAAUCCUGAAGGAGCUGCAAAGCUCCACAGUGGAGAUUGGAGUAUCUGUCCAUAGGACUACUUUAAGCCGUACACUCCACAGAAAAAAAUAAGCAAACACGUUUGGUGUUCGCCAAAAGGCAUGUGGGAUACUCCCCAAACAUAUAGAAGAAGGUACUCUGGUCGGAUGAGACAAAAAUGUAGCUUUUUGGCCAUCAAGGAAAAUGCUAUGUCUGGCGCAAACCCAACACCUCUCAUCAUCCCGAGAACAUCAUCCACACAGUGCAGCAUCAUGCUGUGGGGAUGUUUUUCAUCAGCAGGGACUGGGAAACUGGUCAGAAUUGAAGGAAUGAUGGGUGGUGCUAAAUAAAGGGAAAUUCUUGAGGGAAACCUGUUUCAGUCUUCCAGAGAUUUGAGACUGGGACGGAGGUUCACCUUCCAGCAGGGCAAUGACUCUAAGCAUACUGCUAAAGCAACACUUGAGCGGUUUAAGGGGAAACAUUUAAAUGUCUUGGAAUGGCCUAGUCAAAGCCCAGACUUAAAGAUCGCUGUACACCAGCGGAACCCAACCAACUUGAAGGAGCUGGAGAAGUUUUGCCUUGAAGAAUGGGCAAAAAUCCCAGUGGUUAGAUGUGCCAAGCUUAUAGAGACAUACCCCAAGAGACUUGCAGCUGUAAUUGCUGAAAAAGGUGGCUCUACAAAGUAUUGACCUUGGGGGGAUGAGUAGUUAUGCACACUCAAGUUUUCUUUUUUUUUGUGUGUGUCUUAUUUCUUGUUUGUUUCGCAAUAAAACAUCUUCAAAGUGGUAGGCAUGUUGAGAAAAUCAGAUGACACAAACCCCCAAAAAACUAUUUUAAUUCCAGGUUGUAAGGCAACAAAAUAGGAAAAAUGCCAAGGGGUGAAUACUUUCGCAAGCCACGGUAUAAGGGUUCUGUCUGAGAGACUUGACUCUUUUUUGUUGUACACGUUUAUGAGUCUAGACGCUUCAGUAAAUGAUGGACCAGCUUGAACCAUCUUCUGAACAAGACAUAGCACUUUAAAUGAUGUAUGGUAUUGAAGUACUUUUUCUUUUUUACGAUUCAGAUUUCCAAAGAAACUGUAGCAAUAUUCAAAUAUAAUAGAUGACCAGACAAUUACAGGAACUUAUGAAAGUCAAUUAGCUGCAUUGGUACAGACAAGUGCUAACUGCAUGACAGAGAAUUCGCCUUUUUUUAAAAUACAUUUUUACUUAAUCUUUUACUCCAUACUUUAUAUUAAGCUAUGGUUUUCCAUAUUGUUGCCAUUACCACUUCUGUGUGUUGUAUUAAGACAUGUUAUACAGCUGCUAUUGACUUUUCAUAUGUAAUGGGCAUAUUUUAAAUGUGUAUAAUAUAUUGUUGAAGAUGCUUCUACAGUAGAUCAUGUUGGAUACACAAGUAGUAACAAAGAGUUUUGUCUCGUCGAUUAAAAAAGUCUUGGUUCAACCAUCCACCCAAUAAAGAUGUCGUGUUUGCCAUA